AACCCCACCAAGGCCUUUAAAACGACGGGACGAAAACGAAGUAAUUAGCUUAAGCCUAGUCACUCCCUCUUCCACUCGUCUCUCUCUCAAAUUCACAUGACCUUCUGAUCUCUCUCUCUCUCCUUAUCUUCGGCAUUCCUCUCUGAAAUCAGUUGAAUCCCUAAAAUAUAACCUUACCCAAUUACGAUCAGGAUGGAUCCGGAUAACAAGUUGUUCAACAUGGGUCUUCUCAUUGUGGCCACUCUAGUGGUGGCCAAGCUCAUUUCUGCGCUCAUAAUACCUAGAUCGAGAAAACGUCUCCCCCCAGUUGUUAAGUCGUGGCCUGUGAUCGGCGGGCUCAUGCGCUUCCUAAAAGGUCCGAUUGUGAUGCUUAGGGAGGAGUACCCUAAGCUUGGGAGCGUAUUCACAUUGAGUCUGGUUAACAAGAAAAUUACUUUCUUUAUUGGUCCUGAGGUUUCGGCGCACUUCUUUAAAGCCCCCGAGUCUGAUCUUAGCCAGCAGGAGGUUUACCAGUUCAAUGUGCCAACUUUCGGCCCUGGAGUAGUAUUUGAUGUUGAUUACUCGGUGCGGCAAGAACAGUUUCGGUUCUUCACAGAGGCCUUGAGGGUGAAUCAGCUGAAGGGAUAUGUGAAUCAGAUGGUUACAGAAGCAGAGGACUACUUCUCAAAGUGGGGAGACAGUGGUGAGGUGGACCUAAAGUAUGAGCUGGAGCAUCUAAUCAUCUUGACAGCCAGUAGAUGUCUCUUGGGUCGAGAAGUUCGUGAUAAGCUCUUUGAUGAUGUUUCUGCUUUGUUCCAUGACCUCGACAAUGGAAUGCUCCCUAUUAGUGUUCUCUUCCCAUACCUCCCCAUUCCUGCUCACCGACGCCGUGACCGGGCCCGCAAGAAGCUUGCAGAGAUCUUUGCAAACAUCAUAGCUUCCCGUAAAAGUACUGGCAAGUCAGAGAAUGACAUGCUGCAGAGCUUCAUUGACUCAAAGUACAAAGAUGGCCGCCCAACAACAGAGGCCGAGGUCACUGGCUUGCUUAUUGCCGCUCUAUUUGCUGGGCAGCACACCAGUUCCAUCACCUCCACUUGGACUGGGGCUUAUCUCCUUCGUCACAAGGAGUACCUAUCUGCUGUGUUGGAGGAGCAGAAAAACCUGAUGGGAAAGCAUGGGAAUAAGGUUGAUCAUGACAUCUUGUCUGAGAUGGACGUGCUAUAUAGGUGCAUUAAGGAAGCCUUGAGGCUCCACCCUCCACUGAUUAUGCUGCUACGUAGCUCUCAUAGUGAUUUUAGUGUGACAACCCGAGAUGGAAAAGAAUAUGACAUCCCAAAGGGCCAUAUAGUUGCCACAUCGCCAGCAUUUGCAAACCGCCUUCCCCAUAUUUUUAAGGAUCCAGAGAGGUAUGAUCCUGACAGAUUUGCCAUUGGGAGAGAAGAAGACAAGGCUGCUGGGGCAUUCUCGUACAUAUCAUUUGGAGGUGGCAGGCAUGGUUGCCUUGGUGAGCCCUUUGCAUACCUGCAGAUAAAGGCAAUAUGGAGCCAUUUGCUGAGGAACUUUGAGUUGGAGCUUGUAUCACCUUUUCCUGAGAUUGAUUGGAAUGCCAUGGUUGUGGGUGUGAAAGGAAAGGUGAUGGUGCGAUACAAGAGGCGGGAGCUUUCUGUUAAUUAAUCUAGGUCAGGUGGUUGGCAGGUCUAAAUUAAUAACUUUGUCUUUGGGAUUUUAUUGCACCGUCCUGUAUGCAUCUAAUCACUGGUGUCGUCUUCAAUCUUUCUGUGUUUCUGGGGAGGUCUUGCUCUCUUUUGUUGGAUUGUGACUUCUGUUAGUUUUCAUAUGUUUGUGGUGACUAUUGUAGCUUGUAGUUUUCAAAAUUGGAUUUCCUGACAUGAGUUGAAUGCCUUUCUCAUC